AUGAAGGACGGCUUUGGAGGAGACAUGAAGACCCAGAGUGGGGGAGGAGGAGGGAGUCAGAGGCGAGGAGGCGAAAGGCGGAGGAAGCUCCAUCGCGUCCAGCAUGGCCAGUGUAGCUACACCUUCAUCCUGCCAGAAGUGGAGGGUUGUCAGGUUACAUCCGGUGGCCCAGUCCAGUAUGGCAGCACCAAUGUGGUGCAGAGAGAUGCACCACCAGCCGCGGGUGAGGUCACCUCCACCCAGAAACUCCAUCACCUGGAGACAGCCAUGGAGAACAACACCCUGUGGCUACAGAAGCUAGAAAAUUACAUCCAGGAAAGCAUCAAAACAGGAAUGGUGCAGAUCCAAGCUCAUGCAGUUCAGAACCACACCACCACCAUGCUGGAGAUCGGUGCCAACCUUCUAACCCAGACCGCUGAGCAAACCAGAAAACUCAAUAUAGUCGAGGCCAAGGUGAUGAAUCAGACAUCGAGAAUUGAAAUUCAGCUGUUGGAGAACUCUUUAUCAACAAACAAACUAGAGAAGGAGCUCCUGAUGCAGACCUCUGAAAUUUCAAAACUCCGUGACAAAAACAGCCAUUUGGAGAGUAAAGUGCAGGUCCUGGAGUCUCGUCAGCAGACAGAAUUGGAGGGUAUUAAAGAGGAGAAGGAGAAACUGCAGGAUCUGGUGGGGAAGCAGAUGGCGGCCAUUGCGGCUCUGGAGAGACAAUUGCGUGCAGCCUCUAACAAUAACUCAGUCCUCCAGAGACAGCAGCAGCAGCUUAUGAAGUCCAUCCACACUCUAGUCAGUUUGGUGUCAAGUGGGAAAGGUGUAGUCAUCAAGGAACAGAAGUUUAGGGACUGCGCUGAGGCUUUCAAAGCAGGACACAAUGGCAGUGGAGUUUAUCACAUUUAUAUCAGCAACAUGACUGAUCCAAUCAAGGUCUUUUGUGACAUGGAGACCAGUGGUGGAGGCUGGACAGUGUUCCAGCGCAGGAUUAACGGCAGUCUGGAUUUCCAGAAAAGCUGGAAAGAGUACAAGCUGGGUUUUGGUGAUCCAAGGGGGGAGCACUGGCUGGGAAACGAGAUUGUGCACCAGAUGACCAGUCAGAACCAGUACUCCCUCAGAGUGGAACUGAGGGACUGGGAGGGCCACACUGCAUAUUCCCAAUAUGACAAAUUCCAACUGGCUGGAGAGAGACAGCAUUACAGACUGUCUCUGAUGGGAUACAGUGGCACUACAGGCCAACAGAGCAGCCUGGCCCCACAUGGCACCAGCUUCAGUACCCGAGACUCAGACAACGACAACUGUCUCUGCAAAUGUGCUCUCAUGCUUACCGGAGGAUGGUGGUUUGAUGCUUGCGGCCUGUCAAACCUUAAUGGCAUGUAUUACACCUUGGGCCACAACAUACGAAAACUAAAUGGCAUCAAGUGGCACCAUUUCAGAGGACCCAGUUACUCAUUGAGCUCAACCACAAUGAUGAUCCGACCAGUGGAUUUCUGAAAACCAUAAGCCAACAGACGAUACAGCCAACCGGCCAACCAGUCAAAAAAUCAUCCAGCCAACCAAUAAUAUGGUCAGCUAACCAUAUAUCCAGACAAUCACACAACCAACCAUCCAGCUAACCGGCGAAUCUUACAUUCAUCCAGUCAG